GGUGCGGCGCACAGCUCCUGUCGCCGUCGCGGCUUCCGGUGCUAGGUGGUGGGAAGGAAGGAGGGAGCUGGGAGCGGGGCCAGGGGAGCAGCAGCGCUGAAAUCGGCUGAGGGAGCCGGAGAGAGUGGAGCGAGAGCCGAGCGGAACCCGCGGGGGCGGAGGCGGCGGCCGCAGCGGCAGAGCUGCGAGCAGGAACAGAAUCAAGCCCUCCAUACCAGGGACCAGACCAAAACCAGACUGCCACUGCCCCUCCUUGCACCCGCCUGUCCUCAGAAAGCAGCUGCUGUGAUCAUGGGUAAUAUCUUUGGAAACCUCCUCAAGAGCCUGAUUGGGAAGAAGGAGAUGCGCAUCCUGAUGGUGGGUCUGGAUGCCGCGGGGAAGACCACCAUCCUGUACAAGCUGAAACUGGGCGAGAUCGUCACCACCAUCCCCACCAUUGGGUUCAAUGUGGAGACAGUGGAGUACAAGAACAUUAGCUUCACAGUUUGGGAUGUGGGUGGCCAGGACAAGAUUCGGCCUCUCUGGAGACAUUACUUCCAGAACACCCAAGGGUUGAUAUUUGUGGUCGACAGCAAUGAUCGGGAGCGAGUAAAUGAGGCCCGGGAGGAGCUGAUGAGGAUGCUGGCAGAGGAUGAGCUGCGGGAUGCUGUGCUCCUUGUCUUUGCGAACAAACAGGAUUUGCCUAAUGCUAUGAACGCUGCUGAGAUCACAGACAAGUUGGGCCUGCAUUCCCUGCGUCACCGCAACUGGUACAUUCAGGCCACCUGUGCCACCAGUGGGGACGGGCUGUACGAAGGCCUGGACUGGCUGGCCAAUCAGCUCAAAAACAAGAAGUGAGAGCCAGGCAGCCCUGUCCGACCACCCCCAUCCCCCCACUGUCCCUGCCCCAGCCCUACCCUUUCCUUCCUGUUGCCAGCGUGGCCAGGCCCUGGGUAUCAUGUCCGCAUGCCCAACGAGAGCCUUGCCUCCCCUGCCCUCCCCUCCCCCCGUCCGUGACCAGUCCCAGUUGCUGUCCUGAUGAUGAAUCAUUCCAAUUUACCGGAUUUAAAACAAAAACAAGGUUGUUAUGGUUUCAUGGGGUGGCCCCCCCUCAAGCUCUGGGGUUCGGGAGGUGGGGUGGGGUAUUCUCUCCGUUUGCUUCCUUUGGCUCCGGUUGCUGUGCUCUUGGCAUCUGAGUCCCUUCCCUCUCCCCACGAGCCCCUCUCCCACUCCGUCUUCCGUCCCUUUGGCGCUCUCCCUGUUCUACAUGGAAAUUGCACGGGCCUCUCUUUGUGUGCGUGCAUGUGUGCGCGUGUAUAUACCUGUAUAGAGAGAUAUAUAUGGGAGCCGAGGAGGGGGUGGAGGAGGUGGAGUGCCUCUCAGAGCUUAGAGCCAGGACACUGCCCACUCUGGCUGUCAUCUGCCCCUGCCACGCUGGAGGGAAGGCUGCCCCAGGCUGCACUGGUUCCUGUCCUGUCUGCAGGUCAGCUUUCCUGGAGGAUAGGAUGGAUGAUGAAUUCCUGCUGCCAUCUUCCUUUACCCCCUCUCCACCCCACUUAGGACGGACGGGUGUGUGGCAUUUCUCUCUAGAUGAGUGUUCCCAAGGAGAUGCCAUCCUGCCCUGCCUUGUUAGUGGGAAGGAGAGAGGAACCCACUCAGUCUUACCAGCUCACAGUGUUCAGCUGAUCCUCCCCCUCAUCCUUAGAUCUGUUCCUCAGGAGCUUCAGGUGGGAGGUGGGGACAGCAAGACUGUGGGGUGUUUGGGGUCCAGAGCACAGGGGAGAGGGCCUCAGGUUUUCCAUCUUCAUCCUUUUGUUAUUAGGAGAAGGUGAGGUGCAGGUCAGUCCUGCUCCUGCCUUCUUGUCCCCCUCCCCCAAUCUUCUGAUCCUGGGGCUGGGUGGUUCUUCUGUCCUGUCAGAAGUUUCCUCACCCCAGUAGUUCUGCCAGCCUGGCCAAAGCUGGCUGGGUGGUUUCCUGGCGAGCGAGAAGUGGGGGUGACAUAGCAGACCUCAAUAUCAAUCCCCCUGUUCUCCAGUUCUUUGUACUCCAGAAUGUGUGGAAGGAUGCAAAUUGUUCUGUUUCCGGACCCUCAGACCAUCCUACUGUUCCUACCUUUUCCGUCCCAACUGUUUCCCCUGCCCUCUUCACCCACUUCCCAUAAAUGGAUCUGGGCAUUGGGAUGGAGGAAAUGGAGCUCUGAAGUGGUCGCUGGUGCUGUGGGAUGCAGCAGGCUCAGAGUCUUCCCUCCAUCAUGAUGUAGUUGUUCAGAAGCUGCUGCUACUGUGUCUCUGGCUACAGGAGGCGCUUGUCCCUGAGGUCCUGGCCUGGGUCCUGACUUCUGCGGUUUCUGUGAAGCCGUGGCUUUUCUGUGGGCUCCUGUGUGUGCUGGCUGCGCCCUGAGCUCCAAGACAGCCACCCAUAACCUUUCUGCUACGGUCAGGGCCCAGAACCCCCAUAGCAUGGCUGAGGGACCUUCCCUGAAGGGCUGUCCCAAGCCCCACCCCAUGGGGCCAGGCUUCCUGCCACCUUUGUCUACCACAGGCCAUCAGUACCCCCUCCCUCACCCCAGCCUGAACCGUGAAAGAAAGGUUCCAGGGGUGUCCUCCUCAGUGCCAGCUCCUUAGUAGUGUGUUACCCAGGAUGCAGUGGAUGCAUGCAGGUCUCUUGCUCUCUAGGCCUGUGUGUGUGUGUGGGUGUGGGUGUGUGUGGGUGUGGGGUGGGGUGGGGGUGAGGGGGCGGCUGCUGGAGCUUCUCUUUCCUUUUAACACGUAUUCAUUCCCCUGACCCCACAGAUGCUUUCCUCCACACUUUUUCUUUGCCUCCAUUUCAUCAGAUUUUUUUUUUUUUUUUUUUUUUUUUGCUCCUGCCCCUGUGGCCUCUUCCCUCCCGGAACUCUCCUUUGCCUUCUCAACUUUCUCACUGCUGUUGCCUGUUUGUUUCCCCUUUCCUUCAUUCUUUCCUACAAAGGAGCCCUCACUCUGUAUCUUUGUGGUUGGUGAGGACUUGGCCUCUCCUGCCUCACUCCCUCUCUGACCCUCCUUAGUUAGAUGCCAGUCCCAAAUAGGUCUUUUCUCAUUUUAGGCCCACCACCACCUUGGUGUGGGGGCUUCAGGGACUAGCCGGCCGAGGAUGUUAGGAAGCAGCCUUGGAGGUUGCCUUGGUGCUGCUUGAGGCUCUGUCCAGCAGGGGGCAGUAAGUGAUCGUGGUAGGACCCUGGCUGCUAGGCCUUGGGCAGGGCUGUCCUUUCUACUUUCCCAUUCCCCUGAAAGGUCUUUUGGGAUUGGGUGUCUCAUUCCAUUUCUGCCCACUCCCUCCCCUCCUCUCCUCGGGUCGGUUUAAUUUUAUGUUUUCCUUUGUUCCAGCCUCUCUUCUCCCUGGGGAUUUUCCCUGUUCCCCCCCGAAAAGUUUGUGGUGUUGUAGUGGUAACUGCAGUUCUGAACUGGUUUUUCUCUUCUUUUUUCCUCCUCUGGAAUGUAGACUGUAUAUGUUUAUAACUCACCUUCUCUCUCCUUGCUCAAAAUGUGGGAUACGCGAUGACUGUGACCCUCGUUGGAAAUUAAACUUGUUUUAUGCA